CUGCCCGCCACCGCCGCCGCCACAACUCCCCCGCCGUCGUCACCUCCGCCACAGCGCCACCAGCCCCUCGCCGCCCCUACCUGCUGAAACAUGGUGACAGGCAACAGGUAAUGAAGAUCGACAUUGUCUGACAGUCAGGUUAUCAGGGCGAACGAUCUCUUCAACACGAAUCGGUUGAAGUAUCUCUUGAUUAUCUUACCUGGUCACGGCAUCUCUCUUUUUCUCUCUCUCACACACACACACCCCCUCUCUCUACACUGAGGUCUAGCCAAAGGUUCUCUCUACUGAGGUCUAGUCAAAGGUUCUCUUUACCGAGGUCUGGCCAAAGGUUCUUUCUACCGAGGUCUAGUCAAAGGUUCUUUCUACCGAGGUCUAGUCAAAGGUUCUUUCUACCGAGGUCUAGUCAAAGGUUCUCUUUACCGAGGUCUAGUCAAAGGAUCUCUCUACCAAACAAGAAUCAAAGUGUCUCUCAGUCAAGUAUCAAUUAAGGCAUCUCUCGGCCAAGGUAUCUCUCACUGUCUCUCCCCGUGGUGGUCUUGCACUUGAGGCAGAAUAAUAAUACCCUCUUGGGCAGCAGCAAUCAAAACAAACCAGAGCCAAGACCCAGCCAAAGGAUCACUCGACCGGGCAAGAACCUCAGGACCUGUGUUGUGAGAACCUCGUCGUGGUCAUCAGCAACUCAGGAGCCACCACCGUCACCACCCCCAGCAGUAGCAGUUAGAGGUGUUUGAGUAGACGACGGGAUCUGGUUACCACGUAUCAACCAUCAAUAAAUAUUAACAUUAUUCGUGUGUAUGAUAGUGAACUCUUAGCUCAGAAACUUUAAUGUACAGUUGUAUAUAGUAGAGUUAUAUUCUCUCCGUGAAUAGAUUUCUUAGUAGAGAUAAUUAUUUUAGAAGUGCAAUAUAUCAACACAUCCCAAGUGACUCAGUGAACUCAACCGAGGCCAAAUCUAGUGUAAGGAUUUGUAUUAGUUUAAAAAGACUGUCCCUAGUUGAGGAGUGACACACACACACAUAUAUACGACCUUCCUGUAGCAGACCUCCUAAUACCAGCUGAAAGAACAAGACAUCAGCCAGACCUUCACCACGACACCGCGACUCCCAGUGCUUCUCCCUCCACGUUUAUUUACCUCUGUCGGUGGCCUCCAUCUUGUCGGUCUCUAAAGACGACAUCAUUAAAAAGUUCUUCAACUCUCACCGCCUCCGUCGUCGCCUUCUCGAGAGUGACAUAAUCCAGGAACUUCACAGACUUUACGAAUAUCAGCGUCGAGCCCCUAGACAGUGACACGACUUGGGAAGUCCUCGAGGCCUUGUACAGUAAAUCUCGACCUCGACCUUGACCUCUUGAAAGUGACGUAAUCCAGAUACUUCCCAGAGUCUUAUCCUUGAAGAUGAUAUACUCCAGAAGGUCCUCGAGUCCUUAACGACCCCCAGCAUCACGCCCUUAGCACGUCCCCAGCAGGUCCCACCGUGAUCCACAAGACUCCAUCACCAACGUCGCCAUCAUCGUCGUCGUGUCCUUGGAGAGCGACCUUCAGCGCCGCCUGGGGGUUGAAGCUAUGUUGAAGGCCUGACCCCUCAACCAACCUCUGCUCUCCCAAGAGUGUGAGGAUGGUGAGGCCGGCGUCCUGCUGGAGUGUGUGAGGUCCUCCACAACACACUCACCUCCAGAGCACCACCAACCAUGGGACUCUUGGCGAGGGCGUGGUGGUGGUGAUCGCCUGCCCAGGAAUGAUGGUGGGCAGGGCGUGGUGAUCCCCGCAGGCGUGUGGUGGUGCGGGGGCGUGCGGGAGGGCGGCGCGGUGACCAUGCUGGUGGUGGUGUUGGGCGUGGCGCUCACAGCUGCCCUGGUGCUGGCCUUUGUCUCCAGUGCUUUCAUCUUCUUCAUCAUCCUUACGAGUAAACAGUACAAGAGCAGCACCAGCCUCCUCCACCUACAACUGAUGGUGACGGGUGUGUUGUUGUCCCUGUUGUUCAUCAUCUUCUCUACACCUUCCUUCAUACAGGGACGGUGGCUGCUGCAUGAGGACUACACCUUGCAGGAGGUGCCCCUCACGCCCACUCCGCCCCACACGGAGGCUCCCUGGGACCUCUACAACUCUACUGACAACUUCACCGUGGUGCCGCUGGCGCCACAACCUCCGUACUCGUGGGUCGCCUCUCACGACCCGACAAAUCUUACUCACAACCUGAGCGUCGCCGCGUUCCCCGCCGCCUCCCUCAACGACACCACCACCGAGCCUGACGUCUGGGAGAGUGACGCACUGUGUCGUCUGUACGGAUUCCUGCUGGUGCUGCUACACACGGUGGCGGUGUGGGUGGUGGUGGGGCUCCACUGUGACAAGUACUGCGCCAUCGCCACUCCCCUCCGGUACAACCAGAUAGUGACGCGACACAGAGUGGCCGCCUUCUCCUGCCUGGCGUGGCUGGUGAGCGUGGCGGUGGCCUCGCCGCCCCUGGUGGGAACUUACUCCUACACCUUCUCCCAGGGCGUGUGUCUGCCUGUGUGGCACCGUGCCGACGCCACCACCUACACGUGGACGCUAACGACACUGUGUAUCAUCCUACCCUUUACCAUCCUCCUCAUCGUCAACAGCAGAAUCAUCAUGAUCGCUCGCCAUCACCAACACCGCAUCUUCUCCGCCAUAUUUGAAGUCAUGAUGUCCGCACAAGCCACCGUCACCCACCAGAAGAACCCGUUUGAUAUCCCCAAGAAGAAGAGGAAGUCUGUGUGGACAGUAUUAGAGCAAAUAGUGGCGUUUGUAGUGUGUUAUUACCCGUUCUUCGGCACGGUGGUGUGGGAGUCCCUCCAGGGCAGGCGAGCUAAUGAAUAUUGGGUGCUGCUCGGCCUAACAUUCUUACUUAUCUCUCCUCUCGUCAAUUCUUUUAUAUAUGGAAUUAAAUGUAAGAAUAUUCGCAAAGCAUUUAGAAAUUAUCUCAGGAAAAAGCUUUACAAAACAGAGGUUAAACACGAGAUUCAGGCCAGGAUCCCCUCAGCCGCCAACUCCCGCCGACCCUCCAUAUCGUCCACACUGGCCAUGCCUAUACUGCACAAGUCGCUGCCGCGUCGUAUGUCCGACUACUUCCUCUCGGACCAGACCAGCCAGCCCAAGUUGUUAAGGAGGUCGUCAGACAUGUCGUGGCACCCCCUGGAGGACGGCACUCCCUCUCCCACGCGGCUGCGGCGCCCCGUGGACACCCCCAACGUCCCCGCCGACUCCUCCCCCGCGGGGUCUCACUCCCCCGCCAGUGUCUCCAACUUCCUCACGGUGCCGACCUUCGAGGCUGCCCGCAACUUCUACCUGGGCCAGCAGCGGGUGCGUCUCUCCAUCUCUUCCUUAGACUCAGAUAUUAGUUUCUCAGUGAAAGAGACACGCACCGAGGAGGACAACCUAACUUGCUCUCCCUCACCCGAUAUCCCGUCCCGUGGGGUGGCGAUGUCCAGACUACACGACAGUGCCACACUGCAGGCACUGGGCACCCCCGAACAUGUAAGCAACAGAUCAAAGUCAUUAGAAUUACCUCUCGUCAGCUGCCACGCGACGCCCUCCAAGACUGUCACUGAGAGUCACUAUGAGAGUAAGAGUCAGGUGGACUGUCAGACGCCGCUCUUGUGUAAGGCCUUUGAGAAGCCCGCCAGGAGCGCCAGCCUCAACUCGUCGUCGCCUCACGUGCUGCGGACCCUGGAGGCCAUCUUGUCGGUCCGGAUCUCCCAGUCACUCCUGCGGCGCGGGUCUGGCUGGGGUGGAUCACAGGGCAGCCUGGAGCGGCUCUCCAGGUUCCUGCGGGAGAGUCGCCGCAGCACCCUGCCGGAGCAGACCUCCUACUCCCCCUUCACCCUCCGUCAGACCAGCAGCCACGAGCGCCUCCCUGACAACACGGUGGACCGCAUCACCACCCCGGAGAGUCAAGACGUUAGUGUCCUUACCUUCAUCACGCCCCUGGCCAACGGCAACGCCUGUAUGGCUGCGUGUGGCAAGGAGGCCUCCCGCGAGGCCACGCUCGCGGUACCCUAAUGCCCGCGAGAAAGACUGCUCGCGGAACACAAACAUCUCGCCCUGUAGAAGGAAGAGGACCAGCCAGACCUCCGGGUACACUACACGAAGACUGUACGUUAAUAAUAUCCAACAACUGGUGACAGGAUGACCCAGCCAGUCACGGUUACUGUCUCACAGUAAUGUUGUCCUCUGACUGGUGCUAAGUAAACAUAUCUAAUGUACACGUGAAGUCAUAACGUAGUUGUGAUGCCAAUUUUAAUCAGUUUCUGUAGCAUCGAUCAAGCUGUUUGAUACAGUGUUACAUCUUUUAUGAGGAAAUAUUACCAUAAAAUUCACUUAACACCAGAUAGGAGACAAAAUUAACGUACAGAAUCUUUGUGUCAUUAGGCCAGGAAGACACGACAAUGGAGCAGCAGCCAGACAGAGAGACAGACACAGACAGAGAGACAGACACAGAGAGACAGACACAGACAGACAGACGUACAAUGAAUGGUAGAUGUGUCAACGUGUUAGCAUAGUUCACCACGACCGUACACCCGUAACAGUGUGUACGGCAGAGAGUAAAUAUUAUACCUGUGGUAAUAAAUGGAGGUAAACUGA